AUGUCUGACGCUGGACGACAGGACUUCACCGACAAGGCCUCCUCGGCCCUUAAGCCCGACUCGCAGAAGGGCGUUGGCGAGAAGGCCAAGGAGAACCUCGACAAGGCCGCCGCCACCCUCCAGCCCGACUCGACCAAGUCGGACUCGCAGAAGCUCGGCGACAAGGUCACUGGCUCGGACAAGUCGGACGAGUCGAUCCUCGACAAGGCCAAGAACGCCGUCGGCCUGGGCAACAACAACACUGCCUAA